CCUUCAUCCUCAUCCACAAUCCACCACCACAACCACCACCACAACCACCACACCUCCCAAAACAACCCAGAAACCCCCCAACAACACAAACAAACAAACCCGCCAUGUCCGCCGCCAUCCGCACCACCCUCAUCCGCACGCUCAAGACUCCGGUCCUGCAGUCGACCACUACCACCACGACCACCACGACCCGGGCUUUGAGCACGACCCCCGCGUUCUCCAAGGCGGUGACCGACUCGAUCAAGGACACGGUCAAGGCUGUUGACCGGGCCACGGCCGAUGCGGCGCUGAAGGGCAUCGAGGUUGGCGAGAACGUUGUCGGCAAGGCCGAGAACGUCGCGGGCGAGGCCAAGAGCACUGCGAAGGAGUACUCCGGCGAGGCGAAGAACGUUGCUAGCCAGUAUAUGGGCGAGACUAAGGGCAAGGCCUCCGAGGUCGAGGGAAAGGCUACGGGAAAGAAGGAGGAGCUGAAGGGUACUGCUAAGGGAAUGAAGGAGGAGGCGCUCGGCAAGGCUCGUGGUACCGCCCAGGAGGUCGAGGGCAAGGUUAAGGGCUCUUUGUAGACGGAAAAUGGCAUGGCUUUGUGAAGGCGCUCGGUUUACUUGAUUGACUUCUGUUCACGUUUUUUUUCUGGGGGGUUUGAUUUUCUGUACAUUUUUUUUUCAUUGGGGAUGGUAUGAAUCUUGUAACAUAACAAUAACAACCACGAAAGCUACGAUCAUGGGAAUUCGAUUGUCUUUUUCUUUCGAAUUGAGG